UAAUUUUGACGAUGACAUUACAAUGAGUUUGAGAUUGCAUACAUUUCCGUACUACCCUCUCCAUAAUCCUGUAUAUAUUCAUCGACCGGAUUUGUAAUUACUGUUACAAAAUCGCCACGAAAAGGGGAAAUUUUAGUAAUAAGAUGAGAGAUGAAGAUGCCAGAUUUUCAUUUUUCUCUAAAUUUUGGUCGUCUGCUCUCAGAGCCAAAACCCUAGCUUCUCCCAAGGACAGUAGUUCCGGUCGUACAGACGGUUUAAUCCGACGGCUAGGAUUACUUGAUCUCAUUCUUCUCGGGAUUGGUGCUUCUAUCGGCGCCGGUAUCUUUGUUGUCACUGGCACUGUUGCUCAUGAUGCUGGUCCUGGAGUCACCAUCAGCUUCAUAUUGGCUGGUGCAUCUUGUGUGCUCAAUGCACUUUGUUAUGCGGAGCUAGCCUCUCGCUUUCCUGCAGUAGUUGGUGGUGCUUACUUAUAUUCAUACACAGCUUUUAAUGAGCUUACUGCAUUUCUAGUGUUUGCACAGAUGAUGCUUGACUAUCAUAUCGGUGCAGCUAGUAUAGCACGAAGUUUGUCAAGUUAUGUAGUUACUAUAUUAGAACUCAUCCCCUUUCUUAAAGAUAAUAUUCCAAGUUGGGUUGGACAUGGUAGUGAAGAAAUGUUUGGAGCUAUUUCUUUCAACAUACUAGCUCCAGUUCUCUUAGUUCUUCUUACAUUAAUCCUAUGUCAGGGUGUGGGGGAAUCUUCUAUGGUGAACUCCCUUAUGACCAUUACGAAGGUAGUCAUUGUGGUUAUUGUCAUUAUAGUUGGUGCUUUUGAAGUUGAUGUUUCAAACUGGACUCCAUUUGCUCCAAAUGGUUACAAGGCAGUUUUCACAGGAGCAACAGUUGUAUUUUUCGCAUAUGUGGGAUUUGAUGCAGUUGCCAAUUCAGCUGAAGAAUCUAAAAGGCCACAGAGGGACUUACCAUUAGGCAUAAUCGGAAGCCUUCUCAUUUGCAUUGUAUUAUACAUUGGUGUUUGCUUAGUGCUUACUGGGAUGGUCCCUUACUAUUCUCUCGGAGCAGAUGCUCCCCUGGCUGAGGCUUUCACAUCCAAGGGUUUAAAGUAUGUUUCCGUGUUGAUCAGUGUUGGUGCUGUGGCCGGACUUACUACAACCCUUCUGGUUGGUCUCUAUGUCCAGUCUCGAUUAUAUCUUGGUCUGGGAAGGGAUGGUUUACUACCUCCGGUAUUCGCCAAAGUACAUCCAACACACCACACACCAAUUCAUUCUCAAGUCUGGGUUGGUAUUGUUGCUAUAAUCUUGGCAGGACUUUUUGAUGUACAGGUGCUCUCCCACAUCCUUUCUGUUGGCACACUGACAGGCUAUUCUGUUGUGUCAGCAUGUGUGAUAACCUUACGGUGGACAGAUAAGCCUGCAAGCCAAGCUUCUGCAAGGUGGCAGCCUAAUAGAAUGGAAGGUAUUUUGUGCCUUGUACUAAUUUCAUGUUGUGGUUUCGCUGCUGGACUCUUCUACCGAUUUAGCGCUGCAUUGCCUUUUCCGAUCAUUGCCAUAUUCAUUGCGGUCCUUGCUAUAACAGGCCUCUUUUUUCGUCAAGCAUAUACAGAUCCUCCUGGGUUCUCUUGUCCCUGGGUUCCGGUUGUCCCUGCUCUUUCCAUUUUAUUCAAUAUGUUCCUCUUUGCUCAGUUGCAUUAUGAAGCCUAUCUGAGAUUCGUCAUCCUCAGCACUAUUGCAAUUUUCAUUUAUGCACUUUAUGGGCAAUAUCAUGCGAAUCCUUCAAGUGAGAAAACCAUCUAUCACAGGGCACCCACGGAUGAUGUUCAAUAGUCUUCUGCGGCGUUAGUGCACUACCAGCAUUCUGAAAUGCAUUCUGCCGUGCCUUACCUGUUGUAAUAUACCUCAUGUAUACCAAGGGUUUUACUGCAUUAUGAAGUAUGAGCAUUUAGUCCCUGAGCUUAGAACCCCAUUACUUAUUGUAUUACCAUGUAAACAAUGUCAAUAUAAUUAUGUACAAUUAGCUUGGUAUGUAUACAAAACAACUGUUUGCUCGAAGAAGCUAGUCCUUGUAGCAUUCUCUUAUACUGAAUAUAUGGAACUGAAGAUUUAGACAA